ACCAAUGUGUCACACUUAAUACUCUUACAGUCAAAAUGAGGCAUUAUACUAUUCCCACCAGCUACAGCUUUGAAUGAUUAUUUAACAGUACAAACAUGCCAGAUAUACACAUAUAACGCCGACUACCUGAACUCAGCGCAGCAUUUAAAAACCUUGUUUUAACUCCCUCAGCCGUUGACUGCUGUGUCUGGAACAAACCCUAAAUUCACACUCGCAGUCACGUGACCCGGAAAAACAAACGCGCGGCACUUAAUCACAUCGAUGAGGGAUGUUGUUUUUGUUUUAUACUUCUUACCGUUGUGAAUUUGCUUCAUGUUUAUGUUUGGCGUAAUUUUGUGGCUUAACCGUUCUUUGCUUAAGCGGUCUGGUGUGAUAUAAUGCAAAGUAACACCAGAAAGCCAGAACCAGUGAGACCUCGACCAAGCAGCGUCAGGUUUGGUGGUGAAAGAAAACAAGUCCGCAAAGUUCAUACAAGAAAGCUCCCUUACAGAGUUGGAUACUGCUGGAACAAAGGCGGAAGACUCAAGGAGCUGAGAAUAAGGCACCUGGCGAGAAAGUUCCUGAAGAUAUGGAUGCACAACACUUUUGGACGACUCCUUCCCCAUAAAGCCAAGUCUCACUACGACACCGUGGUCCUGAGACGAGUCUUCGCAGAAUGGAGAGACGAGUGGUGGACGUCCAGGAGGGAGUGGAGUCUCACACUGCGGGCAGAGUGUCACCGCAGGUAUUAUAUGUACAACUUGGUAUUCCAAAACUGGCAAACUUUUACGUCAUUGCAAAGAGGAAAAAGGAGCAAAGUCCAAGCUGCUCAGUCAUUCGCUGACAGGCAACAGAUGCGUCUGGUUUUGGAACGAUGGAAGGUUUUCACCGAAACGAGGAGAAUAAAUAAUAGAAUGCUUGAAUCUACCUUGGAGCACAGCAGACGUGCAACCCUACAUUCAGCGUGGAGAUUAUGGCGAGCUCGGCUGCAGCGCCAUCGGGACCUUCAAGCUUUAGAGGAUCAAGCACUGAAACAGAGGGCGCUCACUUUACAGAGACGGAUUUUGCUUCAUUGGAAAGAAAUGCACACAGCUGCCUGUUGCCAGAAAGAGAAAGAAUCCAAAGCUGCACUUCACUUCAUCCUCUUGCUAAAAAGAAAAACAUUGAAUCGUUGGAAAUGUUAUGUCUCUACCCUGCAAACAAAGAAAAAGUCACAAGCUGUGGCACAGCGUGCACGCCAUCUCCGUCUGUUGGCGAUGUGCUGGAGGAAGUGGAGCAGUGCGCUGCAUCGUAAACGGAGCGGGGAAGACCGCUUGCAAGCUGCAGGGCUUUUGGCCGUAAGGGUUACCCAGCGCAGAGCACUGGAGCGCUGGAAAGCUUUAGAUGUUACGUUGUGCAGAGAAGAAGCUGAAAGAAACAGGAUUGUAAGUCACGCUCAUCGUCAUCAGCUGCUGCACGUGGGACUGCAGGGGCUUCUUCUUCACGUCAACAGGAACAAAGCGCACCGACUGAACAGCAACAUGGCUGUCCAACAUUAUCAUCAAUCCAUGACACGUAACUAUUGGAGGCUGUGGCAGGACCGUUUGGAGGAGGCUGAAGACGAGAGCUUUCGACCCUUAUAUGAAAUGGCAAUGACUAACCACAGCACGUCUCUGUUGAGGAGAUGUUUUCACCACUGGAGAAAGAAUCUGAGAAAACAGAGACACAUGAAGGAAUUGGAGCACCGUGCAGACGUUUGGUUCGCUGAAGGCGCGUUGCCUAAGUGCUUCACCUUGUGGGCUGAGAUUACUUCACAGCAAAGGCGCUUUAAACAGAUGAAACACAAAGCAGAAGUCUUCAACCGGGAGCGCAGGUACACCUCUGUGUUUUACACCUGGCGGGGACGAGCAGAGGAGCACAGGGAGCGGACGCUCUGCGAGCGGAUGGCGAUUCUGCAUGAGGAGCGCUGCCGCUUGCAGAGAGCCUGGACCAGCUGGAGGCGACGGACGGAGCGGAACAUCAAUGACCGUGAGAAACAAGAAGCCUCAGACCGCCUGUACCUUCACAGGCUUCUCCACAAGACGAUGACUCGGUGGAAGGACAGCAGCUCCGAGAUGAGAGACAGGAGAAACCGAGAGCUGCAGGCCUGUCGUCAGGGUGACCUGCGCUGCGUGAGGUUGGCUGUUGAAAAAUGGAAAAAGUUUGUUCAGUGCCAGAGAAUGAAGACCGCCAAGCUGAAACGGAUGCAGCGUUACCGUGAAGUUAAACUCCUCAUGCACACGUUCGUGGCCUGGAAGGAACACCUCCUGGAGAGGGGUCAGAUCUACGGCCACGUAGAGGAGCUUUACUGGCAACAUAAACGGACAUUUCUCAGGAAGGUCCUGUGUGUUUGGAGGGAGAACGCUGCGCUGCAGACAGAAGUCCGGCUCAAAGAGCAGCGAGCACAGAGUCACUUUCAGCACUCCCUUCGCCUUAAGGUGUUUCUAGCUUGGAGAGAAGCAACAGCAUGUGCAGCUUCUAAGCGACACCAGCAGAGGGAGGCAGUCAACAAGGCUCAGAGGUCCAUGAAUCAAGUUCGGCUGCUGCAGUCGUUCAGACGGUGGAAGACGCAGAGCAGGAAGGCUCGGGGAGAGAGGAUGUGCAUGGAGAAGGCGAGGCGGCACCAUGGCUCCAAACUCCUUUCAAAAGCAGUGAAAGCUUGGAAAGAGCAUCACAACCACAUUCUAAAAAGCAAGGUAAUGAAGCGACAGGGGAUCCUUUUGCUGAGAUUAAAGAUGUACCAGAUGUACUUUGACCAGUGGAAAAUUAAGCUGCAGCACAGACGGAGAGAAGCUAAUCAGACGGAGCGAGCGCUCUGGCACUGGUCCCUCACUCUUCAGGCCAAGGUGUUGCAUGGAUGGAGGCUGCAAGUCACAGAGCAGCGGAGGAAACAAGAGCAGGCGGCCCGAGCGGCUCAGGUCUACAGAGACCAGCUGCUGAGGGAGGGCGUGACGUGCAUCCUCACGUAUGCCGCUCACAUGAGUGACCUCACGACGAGCCUGACGCAGCACAGCCAAGAGCAGAGGUCUCGACAUCUCCACAGGGUGGUGAAACGUUGCGCCAUGCGGUGGAAAAGGCGAGCACUGUGUAAACCAAAAACAGAGCUGGAAGUCAAAGUGCAAUCCCCCCAAAAGAGCGUAACCUUUUGUUUGGCCUCAUGUGGAUCGAAGGGCGAACCCCCUUCUGCCCCCAAGGAGCAGGAAGCUGAAGACGGAGGCCAGAGCAAGCUACUACUCGGCCGUGCGCCUCGACGUCAGCCCAGACGCUGCGAGGACCUUUUUGAGUCACUAGUGAAAAUAAACACCCAAAGUCAGUCGACCCGCUGUGGCGCUGAAGCGCCUCCGAAAGCCUCGCUGGUCCAUUGUCCUGCCGAGGGAGACCGCCGUACAGCGACGGCCUGCCUCCGUCCUCCCUCCACGCGUCAGAGCGGCGUCCCGUCCAACCCGUCGCCCUCUGGGCCAAACAUGUCCGCCGUGGGCUUUCCUCGGGAACGCCAGAGCCAAGACGCUCUUUUACCUCCUUCCGCUUUCAUGACCUCUGUGACCAGAGAUCUGAUGGGGAAGACGUACAGCUCGUGUUUUGGAGAAGCUCCUCAUCAGUUCGUUCCUCUGUUUGAACAACAUCCUUCAGCUGAUUCAGGUGUUCGUCAGCGAGCAACUUCAGCGCUGACCGGAGAACUGCUCAGAAUUCAGCUGGACAUGGUGACAUACCAACAAGACAGGAAGCAGCUCCGGGCAUGGCAGAGACUAAAAGAGGUUUUAAAAAGCUGGCUGCACACCAGUGGAAAGGAAGAAGAAAUGGAAAAAAAUGCUGUGUGUCAAGAGUUGAAAGAGCUGGAGGAGCGCAUCGACGGCCUGUCCGCUGAACUGGCUGAACGGAAACCAACAAUGUUGCUUCAUGCAAAGAGGAUCCAGCUGAUACAGAAAACGUUGUUUCACCAGAAAACAGAAGAGAUGGAAACGGAUUGUUCUGUGUUUACUACAUUAUCUGCUUAGAUCACAUUUCUUAAGUUAAAAUGAAGCCUGAAAAAAUAAUUGAACUGCUUUUUCAGAUUUCAGAAUAAACAUUCAUACUAUAUAAAAAAAAA